AUGUCGGUCUCGUUGUUUCGCUGGAUCCUCCUGUGUUCUCUGGUGAUUUUCGCGUGCUGCACGGACACCCCGAACGACGCUGUACCCACGAAGAACCUGAAGAUCCUCGGGGUUUUUGGUCACCUGGGAAGGAGCCACUUCAUGCUUCUGAAGCCUCUGGUCGAGGAACUGGCCCGCCGUGGUCAUAACGUGACGGUGAUCUCACACUUUCCUAGAACCGCGAAGGACAUUGCUGCGGAUCCGUUGCCAAAUUAUAGAGAUAUCAGCUUGCUAAGUGACAGAUAUAAUAUCAUGGUAAACGUAAUCGAACCAGAUAGUAUACGCUUUCAGCCGAUUUUCAAGAUAUUUGACUCGUUGGACAUGUUGUACCGAAUGAGAUCUCUGGCCUGCGAGGCAGGUCUGAGUCAUCCACGAAUGAAAGAGUUCGUCGAGUCUGGGGAGAAGUUCGAUCUGGUGCUCACGGAGAACUUCAACACGCACUGCUUCUUCAUGUUGUUUCAUCGGAUCGGCGUGCCUUUCAUCGACAUAUCCACGCAUCCGCUGCUGCCCUGGGUCCCUGACGAGCUAGGCUUCUCCGUAGAGGACAGCUACAUACCAGGGUUGUGGACAUCCGUGUCACAGCCAAUGGACUUUCUGCAGAGGACGUACAACGUGAUGACGAUGUGGUUCACAAGAAUAUUUGCCACCACUGUGUUCCAUUGGCAUGAUCAGUAUAUGGUGAGGAGAAUCUACGGUCCCGAGUUUCCUGACCUGAAAGAGAUGAGUCGAAACGUAUCGUUGGUGUUCGUGAAUACGCAUUAUACCCUUCACGGUGCUCAACCGUUUCCACCGAACGUGGUCGAAGUUGGGGGGCUUCACAUACCGCCCAAGACGAGUCCGUUGCCACGGGACAUAGCAAAGUUCCUCGACGAGGCUCACGAAGGGGUUUUGUAUUUUAAUCUCGGCUCAAUGGUGAAAAUGGCCACCGUGUCGAAGGAUAAACUGACGAUCUUGUUGAAUAUGUUCGCCUCUAUACCGAGGAAAGUGAUUUGGAAGUGGGAGACCGAUGAUCUGCCCCAGAAACCUAACAACGUUCUGGUCAAGAAGUGGCUGCCGCAGUACGAUAUAAUGAGUAAGUGA